AGACGCAACAGUCCUGCCGCGCGCCCGGCCUCGUCUCCGCCCACCGCCGCAGUACCGCCUCCUCCCUCCUGGUGGGCGGGGCCAACGAGGGGCGGGCCCGCCUCCCCUGCGCUGAGCGAUUCGAUUGGCGCUGGCGGCCUCGCGUCAGAGUGGUGCGCGGUGGAGUGGCGCGCCCGUGGCCAAUGGGAGUGCCGGGUGGCGGCGUGCGCUGCGGGAGCGGGUGAGGCUCCGGCAGCGGGCGGUCGGGUCCUUGCGGGCGGGGGUCGUGCGGGCCGGGAGGAUGAGCCGGUUCCUGAACGUGCUGCGCAGCUGGCUCGUGAUGGUGUCGGUCAUCGCCGCCGGGAACACGCUGCAGAGCUUCCGCGACCACAGCUUCCUCUCAGAGAAGCUGUACACCGCCAGCCCCGGGCUCGUGAACGGGCUCCAGGCUCGGACUUUCGGCGUCUGGACCCUGCUGUCAUCGGUGAUCCGCUGUCUCUGCGCCAUCGACAUCCGCAAUAGGACCCUCUAUUACAUCACACUCUUCACCUUCUUUUUGGCCCUUGUUCACUUCCUCUCCGAGGUCUUCAUUUACCACACUGCAGCCUUGACAAUUGGAAUUAUGGCACCCCUCAUGGUAGCAAGUUUCUCUAUUAUGGGGAUGUUGAUUGGGCUGCAGUACCUGGAGGUAGAAGCACUGUCACAGAACAAGAAGAAAAACUGAAGCUGAGGGCCCUGUGUAGGCAGCAUUUCAACUGACUGAUGUCAAAAGACCAAGUCCCAGAGGAGUUUGUGUCAAAGCUUGCAGGGGCCAGUUGGUGACUGCCUCCCCAGAGAGCAGGCAAUAUCUCAGGCAUGCCCAGUGCAUUAAGAACUUCGCUCCCAGUGUGGGGAGGAGGUGUACAGCUACCCAGGAUUGACUGAACUCUUCAGACCAGAGAGAGAACAUGUACUGCCCCUGGCACUGCUAUGUAAGUUGCAUGUGUGUGUUCUUCAGGGGUCGUUUCUAAUAAAUGGCAGAAAACUACA